AUGGUGCCCAGGACAAGACCAGCAGCCGCUGCUUUGAUGAAAAAACAAUCCGCUGUGACGGACACGGAGAAACCUGCCGAGGCGCCGAAGGAGACGCACGGCGAGAGCGAGCCAGGGGGGCCAGACGAGGAUGCCGAGGAUGACGAUGGCAACGACGCCAGCAACGAGGAGGCCGAGGAGGCCGAGGAGGAGGAGCAGAUGGAGGGGGAGCAGAUGGAGGUCGACGAGCCCGAGGCCACGGUGAUGAAACGCCCCGCGGCACGCUCGAAGCCGGCGGCCGCGCCCCCCGCCGACGAGACGGCUGGCGCGGCGCUGCCGGGCGCG